GACAUUCUUUAUCCUUGGUAUUUGUUGUUUCACUGUGUUGAUCCCUUUUUCCCCUCUGUCAGAAGGGCACUGUAUUAGCUGUCUGUUUUGGAGACUGAAAAUACGGGUAUCUUACGCAAGGUUCCCUGGCCUGAUUCAAAGAUCAUUUUCUGGUCUACAUAGGAAGCCCUAUUGUAUGUAUCUUACUGUUUUGAACUUACAAUGCCAGGGAGAACAUUGUGGUUUGAAGAUGAAACUUAGAUUGAAAUAGUUGCUAGUUUGCUAUUUUUCUUUGCUUGCAUUUGUUCUUGUGUUUAAUUUGAACAGUGUAUUCUAUUUCUUUUCCAUUUCAGAUACGAUGAUUUAUAUAUAAUGCCUAAGUUUUUGGGUUGUGUGAUGAUCUUCAUUUGCAAUUCUGUUUGUAGGGUCUUGGGGACAAAGCUGUUAAUGGAAAAAUUAAUGUGUAAGUACAGAAUAAGAAGAGCAAUCUAAUCUUUGAGGAGAUGGCAGGAUUCCUGGACAACUUCCGCUGGCCAGAAUGUGAGUGUAUUGACUGGAGUGAAAGAAGAAAUACUAUUGCUUCAAUAGUUGCUGGUGUAUUGUUUUUCACAGGUUGGUGGAUUAUGAUAGAUGCUGCAGUAGUUUACCCUAAGCCAGAACAAAUGAACCACGCGUUCCAUACUUGCGGAGUGUUUUCAACACUAGCUUUUUUCAUGAUAAAUGCUGUAUCAAAUGCGCAGGUGAGAGGAGACAGCUACAGUGAUGGAUGUUUAGGAAGAACAGGUGCUCGUGUCUGGCUCUUCAUUGGCUUUAUGCUGAUGUUUGGUUCACUUAUUGCUUCAAUGUGGAUUCUUUUUGGAGCAUAUGUAACACAGAACACUAAUGUUUACCCUGGAUUAGCAGUGUUUUUCCAAAAUGCAUUGAUAUUUUUCAGUACCCUGAUCUACAAGUUUGGAAGAACAGAAGAGUUAUGGGCAUGAGUUAUUGCCUAUGGCAUUUCUAUUCCACAGUUGCUAUGUCGUACUAUGUAUGUAGAUAUAUUUACAUUUAUUUGUUCUUGGUUUGCUUUCUAAAUUGAAUGAACUGAGGCAAAUUACAAUUUCUGUAAUAAGCUCCCUCUUUUCACAGGACAGAUUUGUGAAUAUGUACAUAUGACUGUAUAUAUCUUAAAAAGGGAACGUCAGGCUUGCUUUCUGAAACCUUCAGGCUUAUUUAUUCAGAUACAGGGGUUUCUGUCAACCCCUGAGGCUUGAUCUUCCACACCUUCAUGUGUGUUAGAGACUUCAGGGGAACCAUUAGUGAACAAGCAGGAUAAAGGCUGUACCCUGUGAAAGGGGUGAUUACUGUUAUGUAGGGGGGAGCACAAAGCCAAUUCUGCAAGGGCUGCCUGUGUAACCUGAAGGAGUAGCCAGCGCAUGGAAGUGACACGGCUGAGCCUGCUUUUAAUGAGAGGAAAUUCUGUUGUAUGCUGAGAUAAAAGCUGAUUUUAAGAAUUUUAUAUAACUGUUCAGAAAAAUACAAAGUAGCUAUUUUUUUGUAAAAGGUUAUGAAUUUUUAAACCAGGCCCUCCAUCAAGCAGGUUCCGCAUGGCAAAUGAAAAUGUUCUUGACUUCUGAUUGCUACAGCACAAACAGCAUUUGGUAGCACCACAGUCCUGAGAAUUAAUUUCAUGCUGUUCUGGGUAAUAAAUACAAAUUAGUAUUUAAGGUAUUUACUGGUAUUAGAAUAAAACCCAACACACUGAUGCCAGUCCUACUUAAAAGACCAUAAACGUGAGUCGGGCUAGCAUCUUUAAAAUUAUGCUAGCAGAAUUCAGGGGAAGCUUUUUGCUGAUAAAUGAACAGUUACCCUGCUGCCCAUUACCUUUGCUAUUUAACAGGUGAUCAUUUUGAGUGGGGAUAUAGUAGACGUAUUUAUUGCUCACAGUCUUACCUUGAAAUAAUUGCCAGUUUUAGGACAGCCAUUUGCUCCGGUUAAAAUGUAUUUAUCUCCUAAAUUUGCUGGGCACUUUAUGGGAAUAAUUCCAUUGUUGAAAUCCAGUUUCUUCUAGUUAUACAGAAAGGGAGAACAAUUAUGCUUUAUAACUUUGGCCUGAUCUUGUAUAUUCAUCUGGCUGUUGGUGACUUCAUGAGUUCAGUGUGGUUUUUAAAGCAUUUGAAUCUACCUGGUGUCGAAGAGCUUUUUAUGAUGCUCCAUCUAUCAAGACUGCUGACCGAAUGGUAUUGAACUGCAGAACGUACCUUCUGUGCAUGGUUACUGUAUCCUGUUCAUCAUUAAUUGCUCCCUUGGGGGAACCUCUCCAGUGGACAGAAUAUGAAGCAAAUACUGCGGCUGAAAUUGUGCUACUGGCCAGACCAACUUCACCCCAGCUUCACCGUCCUGCAGUGAGUUGCAGUAGAUUCACUGCUGUUUAUCAGAGCUGUGUACACAAGUUGUCUGUUUGGUUGUCAUUUCAGAAAACUGCAAUAAACUUUAUCUUAUGUUCUCAAACUA